AUGUCUGUUGACGGUGACAUUACCGGUGGUGGUGGUCUCGCAUUAGCAAGCUCAUUAUUAAAGAUUAACGAUGAUGAUGAUUAUACACAGUAUGAAAAUAUUGAUGAAACUGAUUUAUCAUCAUCGUCUUCAUUUUAUACUUCUUCAUCAAAAAAUGGUCAAUCGAGUAAUAAUAAUAGUGGUGAUGAAUGUGAAAAAAUCGACAACAACAACAACAACAGCAACUAUAAUAGUGUAGAUAUUAGUAAUAAUCAUGAUCCAUUUUGGAUUAAAAAAUCAGCGACGCCAGUGAAUAACGAAGAAGAGUUCAAGGACCACGACGACAAUAUCAGCUAUAUUAUUAAUGAUAAUCUUAACUCAUUAAAAACAAUCAAACCUUCUAAAAACGAAAGAAUCUUAUGUGAUUUAAACAUUCCUUUACCAGGAAAUAAUGAAUAUAUAAUAUUUGAAUGUAAAAUUUCAAAAUUAAAUUCUGCCGCAUCUAAAAAAUUAUCAAGAAAUAAUUUUUUAAUUUUAACUAAACACUUUUUAUUGAGCUUUAAAAAUGGAGAAAAAGCUGCAAAACUAUUAUUCGAUGAAAUUACCAAAGAUAAUAAAUCGACACCGUCUUCAACAACCAUCACUAAUAAUAAUAAGCUAUCAGAAAAUAUAUUAUUUUCUUUGUUAACUGUGUUUGCAAUAACUGAAACCUUAGUACCAGAACCAGCAAUGAGAAUAGAUUAUAUAAUAUCUGAAAAAAAAACGUCUUAUGUAACAAUAGUUUCUUUAACUCUUCAAAAUCAUAAACAACUAUUAAAUGUAAUUAGAUCAACCAUAUCUUCAAUAAAUACCAUCGGUCCACAUUUGACUAAAAGACAAAAUAAUUGGUUAGUUCAAAAAUUAAAUUCUUUACAAGAUUUAAAAAAUAAUAAAAACCAAAUAACAUUCAAAGUUUUACUACAAGGAAUUACUGAUGAAAAUCAUACCAACAAGGUUUCAGCAAAAAAAGAUGUUCCUGUAUUUAUAGCUUUAGGAAAAAAUAAUGUUUAUUUAAUACCUAUUAGUUUAUUUGAUGGCUCAUCGACAUCAUCAAGUCAUCCAAGUAAUGAAGAUUCAACUACUAAAAUCGAGUUUAAAUUUAAUAGAAAAAUAAGUAAUCAAACUUUACAAUAUCCAUUACUAUUAGAAGAAAACAAACCAAAGGAGAUUGACAUUAAAAGAUAUCAAUAUCCACUAUUAUGUUUAACCAAAAUAUUUGCUGAUGAUAGGGAUGACAAAUUUCAAUUGUCCUUUAAGAAUGGAACAGGUUUAUUAACAAGAACCUUAACUAUUUCUUCAUUAGCAUAUAAAACGAUAAUUCAAGAAUUAAAAAAAGCUAUUGACUCUAUAAUUUUUUGGUGGCCAAAUCCAACUUAUCAAUUGAUAAUCACAGAAAAAAUUACAUCUUCUUCUAACACUUUUCAGGAAAAAUCUAAUAAUGUUAAAUUAUCAAAAGAUGAUUUUGAAAGAAUGCUAGAAGCUCAAUGUCAUGCAUUUAAAGCUAAUCGUUCAAGAAUAGCUUUCAGAUUAGAACAUAUCACAGAUGUUGACAGCAAUGAUGAUAAAUUGGAUCUUUCAAAUUGUAAAUUAGAUUCUGAUGGCAUCAAUAAAAUCAUCAAAGCAUUGAUAAAAAAUCAGCCUGAAAAAUUGGAAAUUUUUAAUUUGUCAAAUAACCCUAACAUUCAAACUAGUUAUUUGUCCGACUUGUUAAAGAAAACAAUAUUUUUAAAGACUUUAAAUCUUAGAAAUAGUCAAGCUAUUUUUCAACUCAAAACUUUUGGUGAUCCAAUAAUUUCAACUAAAACAUUAGGCGAAUAUUCAUUGACAACUCUUGAUAUUGGUGGCAUACCUCUUAAUAAAGAUAAAUAUUUAGAACCAUUAUAUCUUUACAUACAAUCAUCGGCAUUUGAUAAUCUAAGGUCUUUUAGUAUUGAUCAUUGUAAAUUGGAUGGUGAAAAAUUAGCUUUAAUAAUAUCUUAUAUUUCAACAUCUCCAGCCAUUAAACACAUAAAGGUAUGGGCGGGUGGUAAUUAUCUAUCACGCUCUAAAACUGGUUGCAAAGAAUUAUGUAAUACAAUAAGAUCAAAUUGGACUCCACCUUGGCUGUCGUUGGAAGAUUCUAUAUGGGGAACGGAUCCUAAUAAAAUUGGUGAAAUCUUGAAUGCUUUUUCAAAAAAUAAAGUUAUAAAACAUUUAGAUUUAUCAUAUCCGAAUUUCAUUAAUGAUAAUGAAAAUGAUAGUAAUGAUGGCGAUAAAAAUAAUAAAAGUGGUAAUAAACAUAACAAUAAAACAUUGUCAUUGACUUUAUCUUCAACUCAAAAAAGUUCACUAUGUGCAAAAAUAUCUUGUGAAUUUAUCGGUAAAAUGUUGGGUCAAAAAAUAUCAUCAGAAAAACAAAAAGUUGAUUUCCGUCAGCUUAUUGAUGAAAUAAUCUUGGCUAUUAAAGAACGUUGUGGUAAUGCUGAUGAAGAAAACUCUACUACCAUCAAAUCUUCAUCCAAUACUUUAAAUUCAUCAUCAUGA